AUGGACGACUUCAUGUCCACACUGGGCACCUGUGGCGGCUCUGGGCCAGCAGACAAUAUGGCGCCCGGAUCCCUUGACCUGGAAAGCGGCGGAAGCUCCACAGCAGAUGGCACCCGGGAGGACACCCUGGCGCUGAUCCGACAGGAGCUGGCCACGAUAUCAGGGGAAAUGCUUUAG